CCUCAUCAGCGAAUGAGUUGACGUGAGGAUCGCAUUGUGGCCCCGGCGGUGCUGGCGGCGCGCAUCAUAUAUUGCCGGCCCUAUAGUCGCUGCGCGCGCGGUGCGCUCUGCUCGCAGUCUGCCGCGCGAAGUAGUCGGACUGGUGCUUCAUCUCCCCAAGCCUCUGGAGGAAGACGACUGCGGCCGGCUUCCUCAGCGGGGUCGUGGUGCCGUGCGGUCCAGGAAGUGGUGCUGCUCUCCUCGAAGGACGCCAGGAUGACACGGGUCCGCGCGCCGUUGCUGCUGGCGCUGCUCGCGGCUGUGGCCGGUGCUCGGGACGCGCCCGACUCCAUGGAGGAGGUGCUGGGCCCCAUCGUCUACCCGCACAGCAUGCUGCCGGCCAACGUCGCGCAGUUCAGGCAGUCCCGCCGGCAAGUGUGGCGGAUGCUCAACUUUAUGCGCCCGCCAAUGCCGCAGCUGUGGAGGGUCCUCCAAUCACAAAACCGCCUGCAGCCGCAGUUGGGACCCUCGGUGCCAUUCCCGUGUCCGCUCGACGGACAGAGCAGGUCGCCGUCCAGGCCGUCCUCGGUGCACCGCCUGCGGCCCGGCGACGUGGACGUGGUGGGCGCCAUCGGCGACUCGAUGACGGCGGCCAGCGGCGAGCUCGCCCUGGGCCCGUUUGACGUCAGCCUGGAGGACCGCGGGCACGCGUUCGUGACGGGCGGCUGGGGCUCGUGGCGCUCCAGCACGACGCUGGCCAACAUCCUGAAGACCUACAACCCCGCGCUACGGGGCUGGGCCUCGGCCACUAGCCUCAGCGUCGACAAGGCGUCCCGGUUCAACGUCGCCGAGCCCAUGGCGGCCACGCGGGACGUGGUGCACCAGGCCAAGAUCCUGGCCGCCAGGAUGGCACAGGAGGUCAACAUGAAAGAGGACUGGAAGCUGGUGAGCAUCUUGAUCGGAGCCAACGAGAUGUGUUCGAUCUGCUUCGAGGACCCGAAGGUGUUCCUUCGUCGUGAACGGGAGGCCCUCAUCCGCGGCCUCGACGCUCUCAUGGCGCUGCUGCCCAGGACGCUGGUCGUGGUCGUCAUCGCUCCGGAUGUCGGGUUCAAGGACGCCCUGGGUCCGCUGCCGCCCUGGUGCGAGGUGAUGAACCGGUUCGAGUGCCCCUGCAUCUUCGGGGACCGCUUCCAGGACGCCAUCCCUCGGCACAGGGAGGUCUACAAAGAAGUCCAGCGGAUGCAGCGCGAAGUUGUGGCGAUGGAGCGCUUUCGGACCCGAGAGGACUUCGCCGUGGUGUCGGCGCCGUUCAUGUCUGGGCCCGGACAGCUGCUGCCCUUCCUGGCGCCCGGCGGAAAUGGCACGGACUGGACCUUCUUCUCCACCGACUGCUUCCACUUCAGUCAGAAGGGUACCGCCGUCGCGGCCAACGGGCUGUGGAACAACCUGCUGGAGCCGGAGGGCAACAAGUCCGAGUGGGGCCCGCUGCUACGCAGGUUCCGCUGCCCUUCCGCCGACCGGCCCUACCUCUGCACGUGGCGGAACUGCUAGCCCGCUGCUGCUGGCCCUCCUGCUGACAGCUGACGACGCCGCCGCCCCGGGGCUACCGAUAACGAGGCCUGACUGAAAAAUCGUUGGAAGCGCGCGGCCGGGAAAACGGUACGGGCUUUCAAAUUACGUCAUGUAGUUUGACCCCAUCAUGGGUGCCUCCGAGUGACAGCAACAGGGGAGGGCGCGGUGGUGGGGGUGCAGUUGCGUUUGCGAAUAAUUGUUUAAACGCUUUCAAAGACACCGGAGUCCUGUGAAAGACUUCUCAGACAUGAAAUACCUGAAAUAAAGCGACAUUAAGACGA